AUGUCUGAUACGGAACACAAUAAUUUACUCAACUCUAUUUCUUUCCAAAAUAAUACAGCAAGCAAUCAACCACAUUUUCAGACAAUCAUUUGGACGAGUUUCUGGAGGAUCUUAACAUCACUUGGUUGCCAUCCCACGAGAACGAAAACUUACCUACAAAUAUCUACAAAGGCAAUUAAUACCUUACCAUCAGAUGAUAGACAACUACUGCUCCAGAUGUAUCCCUGGAAUAAGCUCGUCAAGCUUGACCCAUUACCUAUGACAAGAAGAUUGCAAAACACAUGUUUAAAUAUGACAAAGAAGUGGACAAAAACCUUGUUUAGACUAUUCUACCGUUUUUCAGCUGUGAUAUGCCCAAUUGAUGUGGCCUUCAGGACUCUUUAUGAACGUUAA